UCUUGAGGCCAAAUCAUAUAUUUCCCAGCAAACCAAUUCAUCUAGCAGAACAGAACAACCUCCACUAGCAAACGAUCACCCUCUUCCCAAGAAAACAUUUACAAACUGCAACUCCAAGUUCCAACGAAACCGAACGAAGCACCAGUCCAAACCAUAUCAGCCUCGCCCAUAAUGGAUUUUACAACAAUCCUGGCGACCAUCAUGAUGUGCGGGAUGUUCACGUGGAACAUCUUCCUCAUCUACGAUGUCCGUCAGCGUCCGGAUCCACCAACUUUGCUUUCCUCGCUCCGUCUUCUGGCUCACUCAAUUCCGGCUAUGAUUCUCCUCGGUACCUGCAUCAUGGCUCAGAAUGCUCAAGACUCCGCACUGGUCUGGUUCGCCGCACUCUUUGCGUUCCGGUAUUGGCGCAUUCUUGUCAAUGUCUUCUUCUGGUUCCGCUACAACCCCGCGCUUGCUACCGGCCGUGAAACGAUUACAUCGAGCGACUGCACUGUCAUUGUGCCUACUGUAGGUCCGAAUGGGAACUCAGUGUUUGCUGACAUGGUAGCUGCGAUCCUCGCCAAUGGCCCUGGUCGUUUGAUAUUUUCGACGAACACCGAAGACGCAGCUCAGCAGGUUCGAGCCAUCCUUGCAAAGAUCGUUAGCGAUCUCAAAGCUGGAACUUCUUCAUACCAGCAGUUAUGGGGCGUUGGAGCCGUUGAUGUGACCACUGACAUCCAGGUAACAAACGCCAAAGUCUCCAACAAGCGUCACCAGGUUGUCAAGGCCUUUGAAAUGGCUGAAACCAAAAUUCUCGUCAUGGUCGAUGAUACAGCGAUCUGGCAUCCUCGUUUCCUCUUGGCUACGCUUCCUGCCUUCGCCAACGAGAAAGUCGGUUUCGUCGGCACUCGCAAGUGGGUAAAGCGCCUGUCUUACGUUGCUGAUCCAAACGUAGGCUACCUGACAAAUCUAUGGAUGCAAUACUGGUCCGGCUUCUGGAACGUGAUGGGUGGACUCUACCUGGCCCGUCAUAACUUCGAGAUUCGUGCAACGAAUGCUGCGGAUGGAGGCGUAUUUUGUGUUUCAGGCCGUUCUAGCUUGAUUCGCACCUCUAUCGUGAACAACAAUGAGUUCAAACAAGGCUUCCUCAACGAGUACGUCCUCCGUUUUGGCGAUCGAUUCCCUGGUUGGGGUCCAGUGACUGCUGAUGAUGAUAACUUCAUCACUCGCCACGUCAUCAACAACGGCUGGGACAUUAAGAUCCAGUACUCUGAGGAAGCGACGAUGACUACGGUUCUUGGUAAGCUCCCUCUGAAGUUCCCAGAUCAAUGCCUGCGUUGGAGCCGAACGACCUUCCGACAGAACCCAAUUGCUCUCUUCGCAGAUCGAACCAUCUGGUGGAAGUGGCCACUGACUGUCUGGACUACGUACUUCCCGUGGAUGUACAACGCGGCCCUGUUCUGGGAUGGCGUUGCUGUAUUGAUUCUUACGCAGACCAAGGCCUACGCCGAGUCCCGUCAUCGACUCGCUGUUCUCGGCAGCUUCAUUGUGUUCAUCUGGGCGACGAAGCUGAUCAAGACAGCUGCCUGGUUCUGGGAGCAUCCUAUGGAUUUCGUUCUCUACUUUCUGAUUCCGGCGUAUCCGGCUUUCGCCUACUACCACUCGCUUCUGAAGAUAUGGACGGCUUUCACAUUCUGGGACCUGGCUUGGUCCGGACGGAAGCUGCCCAAGGUCGAGUAGGGAGUACAGACACGCAGGUAAGUUUACCAUUGUGUGUAGCGGGUUCCAUCGUGAACGGGAUAUUUGCAUCUCUUUCUGCUUGAUUCAUGGGAAGAGGCCUUCUGGUGCGCCAUAGGGCCAUCUCUUUGACUUUCACGACAAACUGUCUUUCGAAAUGUAACAUCCUCUCUUGGGAAGUUGCAUAGGAUAGUAUAGGUAGAUGUACAUUGGGACAAGAAUGCUAGCAUUUGAAAAUUGAAGACUAUUGUGCCAUAACCGUGUAACUUGCAGCUAUUGAUGGGUGAAGUGUCGCGUUAUG